AUGGCCUCUAUCCAGGCGCAAUGGGCAGACGGCCCCUUUGAGCUGAUACCAGCGUCCACCACAGGAUACAAGCCAGGCCAGAGGGUCAAGACCAGCCAACAGCUCGCCCAGGAGAUGAUCAUCCUUCACAACAUCAUCAUUCGAGGGAUCAACAGCAUCUACCUCCAGUGCGUCAACGUGGGCAGGUCCCCAGAGUCCGUCCCGGACUUUGUCGAGUACGCUCGGCUGUGGCAGCACCCAGUCCACGAGCACCACGACAACGAAGAGACGAUUGUGUUCCCCCGGAUCGAGGACCUGGUCGGGGCACCCGGGCUGAUGACGCCCAACGUCGAGCAGCACGCGGCCUUCCACGGCGGCCUCGAUGCAUUCAGCACGUACAUCGAGUCGGUGAAGAACGGCAGCGCCAAGUACGACGGCGGAAAGAUCCGAGAGAUCAUCGACUCGUUCAUGCCGGUGCUGAGGGAGCAUCUCUACGACGAGAUACAGACGCUGCUGGCGCUGGACAGGUACGAGGACAAAUGCGACUGGGCUGCCUGGCUCAGGAAGGUACACGCCGAGAUCGUGGCCCAGAUGCAGGCCGAUCCGAGCACCAAGCAUACCUUGAUGCCGAUGUUUAUGCAUCUCCACGAUGGCACAUUCGAUAACGACUCGCUGCCUGUGUGGCCUGUGUUGCCGUGGAUCGCCAAGGUGGUGAUCUCGUGGAUAUAUGACCGCAAGCACAAGAGCUGGUGGCGCUUUGCGCCGUGCGAUAUUAGCAGCAGACCUCAAGUGCUUCCAUUUGUGGAUUGA